UGAUUGUUUUUAGCUUUACAUAGCUUUUUGCGGACCAGGGAGAGGAGGAAGGGCUUUUAGAUAUACCUUUUUUUGUUUGUUUUUUUAUGCUUUUUUACCCUUUUAGUCGACUCCCUGGUCUCUGGUCUGGUCUGGCAUACUCUGGACAGACACCUUCUCAAGCGGCGAGCUUCUUUUCGUCUUCUUCUUCUUCUUCUUCUUCUUCUUCUUCUUCUUUUCGUCUUCUUCUUCUUCUUUUCGUCUUCGUCGUCGUCGUCGUCUUAUGUAUUUUGCUUAGACCUGUUUGGCUGAGUUGGCUGCUUUGGCUUGGCUUGGCUUGGCUUGGCUUGGCUGGGCUUGGCUGGCUUUGGCUUCUGGAUUCUUGCACGCAAAUCAAUCAAUCAGUCGGGCGCGCUGGCUGGUUAGCUGGUUAGCUGGCUGGUUGGCUGGUUAGGCAGCUAGGUUAGGCUAGGAAGCUGCUGUUGUUGUCGUUUGCUGCUCUACUCCCCUCUGCCUCCUCCACUUCCA